UAAAUGCAUUACAAAUAAUAGGCGGGUAUUACCACAAAGUACCCACCAGUACUGAGAAUCAGCCAUACCUACUAUCCAAAAAAAAAGCAGUAUUCAUUCGGAUUUACUACUGAUUCGACGAUUGAAAAUCAUGAAUGUGUUAAAAGAUAUCGUGAAAAUUGUGAAUCAAAUUCGUGGCAAAGAGAAUAUUUUUGGUUACAAAUCUACAACGGCGAAUCAGUUCUAUUUAGUGUACUGUUUCUUGGGAGAAAUCUAUUUUAGCCCUAAGUAUCACAAGCACACAAAAUUAUUUUGUUUUUUAUGGCAGUUUCUUGGUAUUUUAAUUGGUAUUUUUCAACUAAUAUCUUAUUUACUAUACGGUGAUAAGAAAGAUGUUGCAGGUCUGUUAUAUACUGCAUUUUCAUUCAUGAUUAUUUUCUUAGUAUACAUUAUAGUACCAUACAUCUCAGUGAUUCGCUAUCGCAAAAAUAUACACGAAGUGAUCCAAAUGGCAGAUCGUUUAAUUAUGAAGAGAAAAUCAUCUAUCCAUAAACCAAGCAAUGAAUUAAGUUUGAAGAAAUUGCUCUACUAUCUUUCUGUAUUCUAUGGAUUUACCGGAUUGAUAUUUGGUUUAAUAUGUAAUUUGAACUUAGUACUUUUUUAUGAAAAAGAAAAAGUUCAAAAUUAUAGUUACUACCUAGUAUAUGUGCCAAAACUUGACCUAUACGGAUCUUUGCCAUUUUUUCUCAUCUUCAACGCCAUAGCAGGCAUGGCUGCGAUUUUUGUUUUCACAUGUGCUCUCAUGAUGGCUUUCAUAUGUAUAUUUUACACCGUCAUAUUUCACAAUGAAGUACAACAGAUUGUCGCCGACUUGAACUUGAUGAGCUCGAAUACUUUGACAAUGAAAACCUACAAACACAUCGAAUCAGAAUUUAAAAACACCAUUAUUAAAUGUGCAAAGAACUACCAAAACGCCAUCAAAAUGGUUGAAUGUUUUCGAGGAUUUUACGAAACGUUAGCAGCCCUUGUAUUACCAGCUGCACUUUACCUUGAGAUCACACACGCCUUUCUUUUCGUUUCACCCAGAAUCUCAAGUAUAGUAAGAUUACGGGAACUAUCUGUUUUUCUCACAUCAAUUCUAGUAGUUUACGCGUUAUGUUGGGCAGGAGAAGUACUGAAUGAAUCGGCGGCGGCAUUAUCCUUUGCUGUAUAUUCUACACCUUGGUAUUGGUCCACAUCACUUCGCAAAGAUGUUUAUAUACUCCUAUGUCAAACUCAAAGACCAAUUACUGCAAAAACACUGGGAGCAUAUCCGCUUUGCUUGGCAACUUUUCUACGUUUCAUGAAUAUCAUACAAUCAGCCGUCAAUGUUCUACGAAAGAUUACCUCGUAAUAAGAAUAAUAACUAAUAAGAUAACGUAGGUAAUCGUGGAUUCAAUGCGUUCUACACAUACCUGUAGGUUGUUAUAAAAAUUAUAGGCCUAUUAUAUGGCUGCAAAAAGUGAAUUUUAUAAUGAAAACUUGGAAUAUCGGAAAACAAAACAGUGUAAAACCUAAAGUGAAUGCACAUUGAUUGAUAAUAACAAUUGUAUUUAAUUAAUAUGCACAUUCUAGGAACACAUUACCUAAUUUAAUUUAGCCUAAUACAAAUACAUAUUAUACAGUAAAUGGUCGAA